AUGGCUGGGCUCUUCCUUAUGGCAUGCUACUGGCCCGAAAUUCAAGCUGCAAAGGCGAUAGAUAUCGCUGAGCACGGAACGCCCGUAUACAAUGGCGGUGUAGCAUCUAUUCUUUGUUCGUUUCCUAAUGCCAACCAAACGAAUCAAGGCUACCUCUUCUUCCAGGAAUUCUUUGUCGAUAGCUUCAUUGGGAUAAUUAUCUGGGCGUGCUUGGAUCCAGCAAAUCCUUUCGUGACUCCAGCAAGUGUCCCUUUCGUUAUUGGCUUCGCAUACACUUCGAUGAUAUUGGGCUUCGCUGCAAAUACCCUUUCUACAAACCUAGCAAGGGAUCUGGGUACACGAAUCGUGGCGGCAAUCUUCUUUGGCGGUGAAGCAUUCAGCUUUGGUAAUGGAUAUAGUUGGAUAAGUAUUCUGGUUAAUGUUCCAGCCACAAUAUUUGCCACGGGAUAUUAUGAAAUGCUGAUGAGGGACUCGCUACAAAAGAUCGCGGCAGGACAUGCGAAGCAUGAGGAUGGGGAUGAUGGACUGACGAGCGAGAUGGGUUCCAUGAAUGCGACGAUCACGAAGAAGAGUGACGAGGUUGUUUGA